GGCACUUCAAGGCUGAGCAGGGCACGAGGGUCAAGAAAGCUGACAAUAUCAGGGACGAUCCUCAGCUGACAAAGGAAGAUUACUUGAAGGUUAUGCCCCUAUGGUGCGAGAAUAAGGAAGACGCAUUUGAGGCCUUGGUAGCGAGGUGGGUUGGCGAAGACGCCGACUUCAACGCCAAGAGCGCGCGCAACAAGGCAAACCGGGGCACUGGAGGAACACACAGUGCGGGAAGCCGCAGCACUGAGCGCUACAGGAAGCACAAGGAGGCGGAACUCGGGGAGCCUCUCACCGAGGUGGGAGGGUGGCAGAAGAUGAAGCUGAAGCAGCCCGAUCUGAGCCAGCCUCAGCCCUCGCUGCCCGAGUACUUCGGCUAUGCCGAAGAGGAGUUGGAGAAGUACUGCUCGGUGUUCAAGGGUCUUCAUCCGGAGGUGGAUGAUCCUAUUGAGCAGGAGACCGACUUGACGGCGAUUAUGGUGGCGGGGAGCGGCGCGGAGCAUGGCCGCACGAAGCUUCUUAGUGGGGUGAUCAAGCCGCAGAGGACCCUCACGCAGAUCAGGUCUACCCUCACCACCGGCGACCCACCGGUCGCGCCUCCUCGACACCGUCGUACGGAUGCUCACUUUGAGGCCGCCUACGCGGCCGCUUAUGAGAAGUAUUUGACGGUUGUAGCAGAGUGGGACCUCAAGAGAGCGGCUUGGGAAGAGUACCAGGAGGCGACGAGUCGUGUAAGUUCCAAUCUUUUAUGGUUCGAAGACAUGACAAGUCCCACCUCCCCUUUUUUUAUAUCUGCGGCGCUUGACAUCUAAACUAUCUUGCAGGCGGUCAGGA